AUGAUGGCCAUGAUUCUUGUUCUUCAAGAAUCAGUCUGUGUAUCAACGAUCCAAUCUGAUCUCUACUCACCGCCUUCCGAGACUUCUAGUUCUACCCAGCUUUCUAUUAUUGAAUCAUUAAGCAAGAAGCCUAAACUAUCAAUAAUAGCUCAGCUUCAGGAGAACCUUUUACGGUGGUUUAUCAAGGAUAAAGUAGCAUUUACAACUAUUGAAUCACCUUCAUUCCGCCAAAUAUUCACCGAUCUUGGGCAUGAUGCAGCACUAUUUUCACGACAUACACUGAAACGAAGAAUUGAGGCUGAAUUUCAACGCCAGCGUCUACAAUUGAAGACAGAGCUAGCCUUGACAUGCAGGUCUAUUGCUCUAUCAUUAGAUGUCUGGACGAGCAAGAACAAUAUCUCUAUCAUCGCUAUUAUCGGCCAUUGGCUUACACCAGAGUUUACCUAUAAGCAAAAGGCCCUUGAAUUUGCAGAGCUAGACGGAGCUCAUAGUGGUGAAAACCUUGCCCAUGCAGUAUUUAAUAUGCUGUUAGAGCUUGAUCUUCAGACAAAGCUUCUUACAAUCACUGGUGAUAAUGCUAGUAAUAACGAAGCUAUGGUUUCACUCCUUUAUGAUCUACUACCUCCAGGCUCCCAGUUUCAUGGCCUUGGUAGUUAUAUUCGCUGUCUUGCUCAUAUCCUGAAUCUAAUUGUUAAGGAUAUCCUUCAUGUAUUAGACUCUGGUACUGCGCAAGAAGCUUCAAAAAUCUGUGAUCAUAUGAAGAACUAG